AUGGCAGAAGGCACAGCACCAGCGGAGGGUCAAAGAAUGCCAGACGCGAGCGACAUUGAAGCUUUACGAGCGUUUUUAAUGAACGGCGUGGCUUCCAUUCAUCAGAAUCCUGAAGCUAAGAUGACUCCAAGUACCUAUAUGGACCUUUACACAGCUGUAUCGAAAUUAAUCGUCGGCAAAAAAUUCGAAGAUGGGGAGCUUCUUGGAAAAGACAUUUACAACGACGUAUCAAAAUUCCUCGCCGAGCAUCUAGAGUCCGUGAAAUUCAAGAUUAUAUGCGAAGAUGAAAGCCUUCGUCUAGGCACUUACUUUGCCGAAUGGGAUCGGUAUGUCUCGAGUGCCACAAAGGUCGACCGUAUACUCAAUCUUCUCAAUCGACACUAUAUUCUUAGACAUACAAGUGAGGGUCGGAAAGGCUUUUAUCCUAUUCGUCUUCUUCAUUUUGUUAAGUGGCGAACUGAAGUCUGGGAGGAACUCGAUGAUUGGAUAAUCAUCUGUGUUCAAAGGGCAGUUGAGAAGAAGGAAGAGAAUGUGGGUAGAGUUUAUGAUAUGAUAAGGGAUUUUCAGGAGCGACGUGUUGAUUCGCAUUCUAUCUCUUGGAAAGAGAGUAUUAGCAAGAGCUUUCAUUUGCCGUUUGUAUUUGAGGUUGAGAAGCUUGAGAGGGAAGUCGAUGAGAUUGCCGCUGGAUUAGGGAAUAAUUCGUCACAUUGUGUCAACAAUCUAGCGGCCGCUCGGCAAUGA